AUGACUAUAAUCCAAAAAAGCGUCGUGCCUACCAACAAGAAGGUGGAAACGCUUGAGACGUUUCUGGACUUCGUCAGGAAGAAUUCCCCCUUUUACAGAGAAUUCUGGAACACUGUCACCUGCGCCCCAGUUUUGAAAAAGACGUUGGAGGGCUAUCCGUUGACGGACCAUGCCGCAUAUUGGCAGGCAAAUACAUGCUUGAACAGCAGGGUGGUUACUUGUGAACAGCAAGACGGUAUAAUCUUCAAGACAGGAGGCACCACAGCAAAGCCCAAGGUCUCCUUCUACAACCAUGCCGAGCUCGAAGGUGUCUCUAGGGCCUUGGCAACGAGUCUUGUCAGGUGCGGGGUGGCCCAGGGUGACAGGGUCAUCAAUCUGUUCUACGCAGGCGACAUGUACGGCUCGUUCCUGUUGCACAUCUUGUCGGUCUUCUACCUGCCGAUCCACGAGCGGGUGGGCGGGGUGCAGCUCCCCGUGGCGGGGCACGUCACGACGGAGAGCAUGAUCACGCACAUCCUCGAGUUCGAGGGGACUGUCGUGCUAUCGACGGUGACCACGCUGGUCAAGAUGGCGGAGCUGUUGGUGGGCGGUGGUUACCCAGGUAGGAGCACGGCCGGCAGUGUGAGGCUUCUGCUGUUCUCUGGCGAGGCGCUGUAUGAUGACCAGGUCGGCAUAAUCAAGAGGGCUUUUCCAGAUGCUGAGCUUCGUAGCUUGAGGAGACUGAUGCCUGUUGUCAGAUAUCCAUCUGGGGAUAGGGCGGAAUGGAUUGACCACGACGCUGGGCUCUUCAGGGUUCUGGGGCGUGAUCAGACGGCCAUUCGAUUGGGGCCUGUUUCGAUUGACUUCACGCACCUGCGAGAGGCUGUGUCCUCAGCACUGGGCCCUGAGCGCCAUGUCUCUGGCAUUCAGGCAGUGGUUGACAGGCAAGACUCCAAGGACCUACUUACAGUCUUGAUUGCCUUUCACCCAGCAACUCAGGCUGAGGAGGCGGAGCUACGAUUGAGAAUCACAGAAGAGCUGGGCAAGGCGAGACCCAUGUUCAAGGGUCAUGUCGACCUUGGGCUAGUCAAUCCACUCUGCCUCUCGUUUGUAAAGGCGGGGGACCUGACUGUCAACGAGCGAAGUGGGAAGUCCAUCAACGUGGUCGACAAGAGACUCACGACCCUAUAA